UCAUUUUUGGAGAUUUUUCUGCACCAGGAGCCUCACCCACAGUCUUGCUGGACCCAAGAUUUAUCAGAAAGUUCUGGAAUGCCAACGUAGGCCAUAAAGAUGUAUAUUUCUCCAAUUAACAUCACUGAAUGAAGAAACAUUGAAAAAUUUGGAAUCUUAACAGGAUACUAGGAUCCUGUGGCUUUUAAGUGAAACGAUUUCUGCAGAAAUCCUUCAUCUUCCAUUAGGGAAAAGUUUGGAGUUUGGUUUUGUAAACUGGACUGCUUUUUAGAGGUGAGCACCAUUGGGAAUGAGAGAGGAAGUGGUGACACAGUGGAUAUUUUUGUCCAUUCUUCAUCUACAGGAAGCCGGGCUUCACUUUCUCCCCCUGCUUUCUUGGCAGUCCUUUUGUGGAUCCCCAGGAUUCGUCCCAUCAGUGUCUUUAACUCGUAUUCUCUCUUUUGUAAAGUCUUGCUGAUGGACAGUGAUGGAUUGUCUGGGCUCUGGCCUCAGGAAAGCUCUCCUCCACCGCACUGCCUCCGAUAAAUCUGGCAACCCCAGCUGCUUCCCCUCCAAACAAUCUGAUGAAGAGGAGCUUUGUGUUGGAGUGAAGAUCGCUCAGAACAAAGCUGUUGGUAGCAGCAGUCCUGAUGAGCAAGGUCAUCGCAGUGAGAAGUUGAGUCGUGGAUGCAGAUUCAGCAAUAAGAGCCUUACUGGAGUAAAUGGAAGAGUUUCAGGCCGACGGCCACCAGUGCAUCCCAAACCACAAGUGCCUCCUAAGCCAGCACACCUUCAGAGUCCGGUGACGGAAGUCUCCUUUCCUCUGGCUGCUGGAACGUCACCCAUCAAUCCUAACAUGGAGGGGGGAGUAGGAGGAGGAGCAAUAGGGAAGGGCCUAGUGUCCAACCUCAUCAGCCGCUUUGAGGAGAACAGUCACACAGACAGUCGGAGGGAGGGCGCUCCUCUGAAGCAGGUCAGCAGAUCUCCUAACUGCAGCCCGGCUCACAAAAACUGCCAGAGACAGACGGAGCAGCCCACAGACUCCGGCUCUGCUGCGAACACCCCGCGCCAUGCGCUCAAACCCCCCAAUGGGGUUCUAGCCCAAAAGAACAGAGAAAGGGACAAGAAUCAGGACAUGGACGGAGUUACGCACGACACGGUUCCUGACGUGAGGAUUGACAGGCAGGAACUGGUGAACGGAGAUGCUGGAGAUGUGGCUAAGAGGGAAAUUAUGGACGAGGAUUGUGUAGAUCCACCUCACGCUCACAUUCAGGCCGAAGAGGAAGAGAGGAAAGCGCCGGAGCAGGGUGACGUUGUGAUGAACAGCGUCCCGGAGCAGAAGGAAACUAAUGAGCAGAAGCUCUACAAGAUAGCAAAUGAACUUCUGCAGACAGAAAAGGCUUAUGUUGCACGACUCAACUUACUAGAUAAGGUGUUCUAUACCAAGCUGUUAGAAGAGGCGAAAAAAGACACGUUCCCCAUGGAUGUGGUGAAAAACAUCUUUUCCAACAUCACUUCCAUUAAUACCUUCCACAGCCAGUUCCUUCUGCCCGACCUGGAAAAACGCAUGGGAGAAUGGACGACAACACCUCGCAUUGGGGACAUCCUACAGAAACUCACGCCCUUUCUGAAGAUGUACGCUGAAUAUGUGAGGAACUUUGAUCAUGCCAUGGAGCUGCUGAAGCUAUGGACGGACCGAUCGCCUCCAUUUAAAGCCAUCAUUCUGGAAAUCCAGGGGCAAGAAGUUUGUGGAUGUCUGACGCUGCAGCAUCACAUGUUGGAGCCGGUUCAGAGAGUGCCACGAUACGAGAUGCUGCUCAAAGACUAUCUCAAGAAACUUCCUCAGGAUCACAUAGACCGGCGGGAUGCUGAAAAGUCUUUAGAGAUUAUUGCCAUGGCUGCCACUCAUUCCAACACUGCCAUUAGGAAAACAGAAAACCUUAAAAAAUUGCUGGAGAUUUAUGAGAUGCUGGGGGAGGAAGAGGACGUUGUGAACCCUUCAAAUGAGUUAAUAAAAGAGGGCCAUAUUCUGAAACUGGCAGCCAGAAACACUUCAGCCAUGGACAGAUAUCUCUUCCUGUUCAACAACAUGCUGCUGUACUGCGUUCCCAAGUUCAGCUUGGUGGGACAGAAGUUUACGGUUCGCACGCGUAUCGGCAUUGACGGCAUGAAGGUGACGGAGACGUACAAUGAUGAUUAUCCUCACACCUUUCAGGUUUCCGGAAAGGAACGGACAUUGGAGCUGCAGGCCAGCUCUGAACAGGAUAAAGAAAGCUGGAUAAAGGCAUUCGAUGAAACAAUACACAUCUAUCUACAGAAAAAUGAAACCUUUAAGUCAGCAUUCAAAGAUGUGGAAGAAGUACCGGUCAGUGAUCUUAAGAUAUCAGAACUGGGUAAAAGAGCCCCUCGCUGGAUCCGAGACAAUGAGGUGACCAUGUGCAUGAGGUGCAAAGAGGCCUUUAAUGCCUUAACGCGCAGGAGACAUCACUGUCGGGCCUGUGGAUACGUGGUCUGUGCGAAGUGUUCAGACUACAAAGCUUCUCUGGAAUAUGAUGGGAAUAGGAUGAACAAGGUGUGCAAAGACUGUUAUUCCAUCAUGAGAGGCCAUAUAGACGGUGAGGAGAGGGAGGGCAAGAAGAAGGGCAUUCUAGAGAUUGAAGCAGCUCAGUUCUCGGGCAACAGUAUCAUGUGUGGCUUCCUGCAGUACUGUGAGAAGAACAAGCCCUGGCAGAAAGUCUGGUGUGUCAUUCCUCAGAAAGAAGCUCUAGUUCUCUACUUGUACGGAGCACCUCAGGAUGUCAAGGCCCAGUCAACGAUUCCUCUGCUCGGCUACCAGGUGGAUGACAGCCCGAGACCCACCGACCCUCCCGCGAGCUUCAGACUCUCUCAGUCUAAAUCAGUCCACAGCUUCGCUGCAGAAAGCGAGGAACUGAAAAAGCGCUGGCUCAAAGUGAUCCGUAUGGCGGUGACAGGCGAGGUACCAGAAUCGCCCGAAGAAAACCACUCUACGGAAAUCACAGAAGAGCCGAGCUCUAACGGCGUCUGAACAUAACAGAGCAAACUCUUGUUGAAGAUUUUUGUACUGACGUGUCAAUGCUGUCGGUAGGAAAAGUGUUGACGCUCUCGCUUGCUGCGCCAUCACUGCUGGUCGUAAAGUUCCAUGUGGAUUUGAACACAUCCAGGAUCUGGGGCUUUAAAGCACAUGGAUAUCAGCUUAUCAAACCCUUACCUGGCAGAUUUAAAGUUCACAAUGGAUGCAAACGGGGUACAUGGAGGAAAUAAGACAUGCUAUCCAUCAUCACACAAUACUACAGCUGACGUAGCACUGUUUUAUGCCUAAUGUAAAAAUUGUACAAUUCUAAGAACAUUUACAUGUUGUAUGUAUAGUAUAUUGAGGCGAAAAUUCAGAUGUGUUAGAAAAAUGAUUUGUAUAUGCAGGACAUGAGCUCUUUUCAAAAGACAAGAUUGCAAUUAACUGCAAACAUAAAUUGCAUUCAGAUGCAAAAUGCUCUGCAUGCAACUCCAUUAUGGCCAGCAGACAUGUUGUUGACAUCGCUGUUGAUCCUAGGUUGGGUUGCAGCGGUAUACCGGUAUAUCAUGGUAUUAAAAUUGACAGUUUGCUUAUCUACAGUACUGGGGGGAAAAUGCAACCGAUCUAAGAGUCUUAACCAGUGUUGCCAAGUUUGUGGAUUUGGGCUACUUUAACAGUGUUGCUGCGGGUUGUUUUUCAUGUUUGUGCGUGAUAUUUAGCCCCUGGAAUGCAGAUUUUACCAGGGGAACCCCUCCAAAAAAUGGGCUGGUUUCGAGUAGCAACUGGGUGGGUUUUUUGAAAGCCUGGCAACCUUGAAACUGCACAUGCGCAACAUUGGCGCUCUUUUUAAGUGUUGCCAAGUCUCUGACUUUUUUUUUUCACAGAAUUGGGCUAUUUUAGUACUAUUGCAGCAGGAUGUUUUUCACGUAUUUAGCCCCUGGAAUGUGAAUUUUACCAUGGGAACCCAGCCAGAAAAUAUGUAUUUUAACUUCAGGAAUGCAGUUUUUACUGGGUACCCCUCCAAAACACAACAGGGCUAGUUUUAAGUAGCAAUUGGGCAGGUUUUGUGUGAAAACCUGGCAACCCUGAAAUUGCACACGCAGAAAUGUGAGAAAGAUGCGAGGCUGAAUAAAGCUUCACAAAAUUUGUAGCGCAAUGACAUAUUUCUGAUUAGAAACAAAGUCUCAGCUUUCAAAUUCUCUACAUUUUUUUCAUGAAAUCCAGAUAAUUAAUGCAAUUUUGGCGCUUUUAUUUUCAGUGUUGCCGCCGGUUGUUUUUUAUGUCUGUGGAGUUGGAGCAACCCAAAUAACGUGAUAUUUACCAAGGGAACCUAGCCAAAAAAAACUUGUAUUUUACCUCUCCAAACACGGAGAGGCUAGUUUUGAGUAGCAGUUGGGUGGGUGUUGUUGCGAAAACCUGGCAACCCUGGUUUUGGGCUAGUUUUGAGUAGCAAUUGGGCAGGUUUUCUUUUGGGACCCCUGGCGUAACACAUGCAGAAAUGCUUUUAAAUUCUGUAAAAAAUUUUUCACACAAAAUCCAGAAAACAAAAGGUAUUUUGGAAUUGGGCUACUUUAACACUAUUGCCACAGGUUGUUUUUCAUGCCCGUGGGUUGAAGCGACCCAAAUAACGUGAUAUUUAGCCCCUGGAAUGUGAAUUUUACCAGGGGAACCUAGCCAAAAAACAUGGAUUUUACCCCUCUGAACAUGCACGGAAAUGCGAUUGGGCUAUUUUUAAGUAGCAAUUGGGCGGAUUUUCGUGUGAAAACCUGGCAACCCUGAAACACAUGCAGAAACGUGUGAAAGAUGUGAGGUUGAAGCUUCAUUAAAUAUCUCAAAUAUAGCUCUGUUUAAAAGAUAAGAAACAAAGCUUUUCAAUUCUGUCAAUUUUAUUAUGAAAUCCACAGUAUAAAUGCUGUUUUGGCGCUCUUUCAGUGUUGCCAAUUAGGCUGUUUUAACACACUUGCGCCUCGGGUUCGUCCGCAGGUUUAAGCGACCCCAAUAAUUUGGUGAUGUGGAUUUUACCGGGGGAAUCCAGCCGAAAAAUGUGCAUUUUACCUGCCGGAGUGUGACUUUAUCAGGAGGAUCCCUACCGAAAGUAGCAGUUUCGGGUAGCAAUUCGGCAGGUUUUCUCGUGAAAACCUGGCAACCCUGUCGUUGUAUGUUUGAAGUUUUUUUUGUAAAAACGGCCUUAUGUGGCAGUUUUGGGAAAUAACAGUUUUGUUUGAACGAGUAAGGUUGGCCUGUAGCAACUGAACUCAUUUUAGUCUAAUGUUAACAUUUACAAUGAGAAGGUUUCCAUGUUUAGUUUAACGUUAAAGCAUUAGCCUGGAUAAUUUUUAGAUCAAGAAAAACUGAUGUGCCGUUAAAAUAUACUCAACUAAAUAAAUACGAAAUCAAAUAUGAAAUACCUUAUACCGUAAAGCUAUGAAACAGUUAUCAAACUGUUAAAAUGUCAUACCGUUGCAACCCUCCUAUGACAAGUAUUAACUAACCCUAACCGUUAACGGCAGUUCAGAACCAAUAAGAAUGCAGAUCUAGGAGCAUGUCGUUUACGUACGACGUAAGCAUGUGUGCUUCAACGCCACCUACUGAUUUGCAGUGCUUCAGCACAUCAUUUAUGAAUCUUUUAAAAGAUUCAGAAGUCUGCUGUAUUAUUAUAUUAGUCCUUGAAACGAACAACAGCAGUCGAGAUAAUGUGAAUAAUGUCACACUCACCAUAAGCUGUUUCACUUUUCCCUCAAAGCACAUUCAAAUCAAACAUGAACAGACUUGUGGCUUUGGUGUCAGUAGCUCAGCAGUCACUUCCAUUGAAUGAUCAAAGAUGGACAGUGUGUGAUUUAUCAGCUCUAAUCAUGAUAAUAGAUUCAGUAUUUAGUGAAAUAACUGGUUGUAACUCAAAUCUGUGUAAUAGCUUCAGUAAUGGACCUUUUAUUCAUAAGCAGUCAGUUGACAAAUGUGGACGGGUGUGAGACGGUUUUGUGUAAUUACUGUGGCCAGCACAAUCACGCUCAGUAGGCCCGCUGGAACAGGGACGCAUGUAUAUGUUCUUUAAAUACUGUAAUUAUAAUUUUAUUUAAGAUAAUUUAUAGAGGAAAUGCAUGAUUUUACAUAGCACAAAAUUACAUUUUCAGUCAGUCUUGGACCAUUCAUCCUUUUGUAUUUAAGAAAUAGCAUGUUCAUGUAUUUCAUUCAUGUGCAGUCUACAGCUGCAUAUUCUUAGCAUUAAUGGAAAUUGAUUUGGCUUGGCUUUACAUCAAUGUUUUUUUUUCAUAUAUUAAUCUUAAGCUACUUUUUUAUUUGGUUUGAUGUUUCUGAGAAACAUGAACAAUUCAAAAACUACUUGACCUUGAAACAUAUCAUGGCUAUUAAAUGUCGUAUUUUUUGUCUUCAUCAACCAGUUGUUGAUUCCAUAGUCCAUAUUUUCAGAACAGGACGUGCCUAUGACAUUUAUAAAUGUAGUUACGCACACAUUAACUAAGGAAGCAACUAGGUUGGUAUAUUAAACGUGAGUUUCUGUAUUAAAACGUGAACGUGUGCUCAUUGUUGCCAUUUGAAACAAUCCUUACCAUGCAAUCUGAAUGUAGUCUGUUGGUUCUCCCAGAAUCUCUUCCACAGUAAAGCUACAUCAACUCUCAAA